UGAGUGUAGUGGGAUCAUGCCAGUGUGACUUGGCAGAGGCGGGAGAAGAACCGAACCCAAGUCCCGGAGGAACUUUGACCGAGAGCGUUCUGUUUCCCGGCUUUGCUCGGCAUUCGUCUCUCUUUGUGGAUAACAGAACUGUCAAAUAGUUACCGGCGCGUAAUUACGCACGGAGUCGUAGCCGCGGCGUUCUUGGCUGAGGAAAGCAGCGGACAAAGGGAGGCAGGCUGGACUACAACUGAUUUGAGGAGAGGACUCGUCUCGGAAGAACAACGGGGAGUAGGAACUAUUUUUUGCUCAACAGAAACAUCUGAGCUGACGUGUUUUUCUGGAACAUUUAACAGUAUGGGGACAGACGUUGGACAAUAGUUUUUAAUUUAUUUUUUAUUCUAUUUUUGCUCGGCAUCCAGCUCCCGUUUGAAGAUCCACGGAGCAUGGGAGGAGUGCCCUUCCAGCAUUAAAAUGUAUCCACUACAUCGAGAGAGGGAGCAGCCCAUCUUCAGCGCCCGAGCUCAUGUUUUCCAGAUUGACCCAGCUACCAAACGCAACUGGCUGCCGGCUAGCAAGCAUGCCGUCACUGUGUCCUUCUUCUAUGAUGCCAGCCGCAACGUCUACCGCAUCAUUAGUGUGGGCGGGACGAAAGCUAUCAUCAAUAGCACCAUCACCCCGAAUAUGACCUUCACCAAAACCUCCCAGAAGUUUGGUCAAUGGGCUGACAGUCGGGCUAACACAGUAUAUGGCCUCGGCUUUUCCACAGAGCAGCAGCUGCAGCAGUUUGCAGAACAAUUUAAGGAGGUCAAGGAGGCGGCCCGGCUGGCCAGAGAAAAAUCCCAGGAGAGGUACGAACUGGCCAAUCCUGCUCUCAGCAUCGCUGCCCCACAGGAGCUGUCAGAGGACCGUCAUUCUCCACCACUUCUGACAGUUAACGGGCCGGGGGAGGAAAAGCUGUUUCGCAGUAAAAGUGCAGAAGUGGAGCUAACAGUGGAGAAGGAGAAGGUCAAGAAGAUGUUGUCUGAAGGGUCCAUGUGUGAAAUCAAUCUGGAGGCAGAACUUUUCACCUUACAGGACAGUAACGCCAAGCUUGUGGCAGCACUGCAGGAGGCCAAUGGCAGCGUGGAGCAGUGGAAGCAGCAGUUGGCUGAAUACCAGGAGGAAACGGAUCGACUUAGAGAGCAGGUGGCAGAGUUGGAGGCUCAACUUGGCCAUCCUGCUGCUGCUGCUCACACUGAUAAAGAGGAGCUUAGCCGCUCACUGGAAGAGCUGGAAGCCCUGCUUUGUGCCAAAGACCAGGAAAUACACAGUCUACAGAGCAAGAGAACUGAUGUGGGGGAGCUAGAAAGGGAGAGAGAAGAGGCCAUACAGAGACUCCAGGACCUUGAAAGACGAAACACUGAGCUGGAGGUCCAAAUUAGGAGCACUGAAAAGACGCUGAACUCCAACAGGGAAGAACGUGAAAAGGCAGAAGUCGAAGUUCGACAUUUCCUCGAGGCCCUCGAUGUGAAAAUCUGCGACUUGAAUGACUUGAGACAAAGUCUGGCAAACCUGGUCGAUAAGUAGUCCCAACUACAGGCGGGCUGCAUCUCCACAGUCAAAACACAUUUUCACUACUUUGAUCUCAUUUAGAUUUUUGUGACAGAGAAGUGUCGAUUUUUAUAAGAUCAAUGCAUGCAUGAGAAAUCUUUCAUUGGAACAACGCACAGAACACAGUAUCUGUAAUUAAUUUUAAAACAUGAAUGUGGCAGACAAAUUAAUUGAGUACAGACAAGCAACAAUAGAACAUUUAGUGCCAUAACACCAAUCGCUGCUAUUCCAAACAUAGAUGAUUAGAUGCCAUACAUAUAUAUUUGUUCUAAAUGAUAACAAAGAAGUUGAGAUUUUGGCCAAAACAGCCAUUUGUAGCAACAACAUGGGAUUAACUAGUUUUCUAAAAAGCUUUUCUCAGUAUUUGUUUUUAAGGACAAUAACAUCUGUGUAUGUGAAAUAUCAUUUAGUGAAAUACACUUAAUUCUCGUUGUUCCUAUAUCCUCAACUGUGGAAAAUGCACUCAAAGUGCACUUGGUCAGGAAAAGGACAAAUAGUGAUAAAAAGCCUGAUUACAAGUCAGCCACAGUUUACCAUGCGUACGUAUUCUAUUCAGGACUCCCAGCAGCUAGACUCGCACCAAGCACCCACGGAACACCAACAUGCAUCAUCCCCUUGUUUUGUUUCUAGUGCUCCUCUCUUUAUGUCCUCUAUUAUUCAUGCUGAUCAAUAGCGUUGCGCUCAGCCACAAUAAAGAUUUUGCUAAGUUGAAGCACAAGGCUGGCAGCUUCACUUUAUCUCUGCACCUUGUACUGUGUUAAUGCCUGUGCCAAGUGAUUUUGUUUACAUCUGUAUUGCAAUGGUCCAUUUAAGCAGCAAACUCCUCACAGGUCUCUGCAGUACCAAUAAAUGUGAAACUUCAAUAAAUCUGCUAAGUAUUUGAACAACGUGACUGAUCAAAAGAACAAGCACAAAUGCAGUAUUUUAAUAAAUGGGUACUAAACAGAUUUUCCUGUCAGCAUUGUGAAAUUGAUACAUAACAAAACUUUUUUUGCUCUGUGCCUAUUAUUGCACUGUACUCUUGAUUUUAAUGUAAUCUUGGUAAAAAUAGGUGCAGGAAAUCCCAAGACAUGUUGCAUUUAACUUGAUUUAAAUAUGAUUUUAAACAGGGUUGUUACAAAAUCUAAUUUCACCUCAUUUCAUGAUUAAACUGUUUUGUGGAUGAGAAGUAUGUUACUUUGCCUCUAGCUCAAGUGGUCAGAAUAUCAAUUUACUUGUAACAUCUUGUGGCCAUCAUUAACAGCUCCUGCGAUUAUUUCAGCCAAGUCAGCUUUAUCUGACCUCAGCAGCCACUCGCAAGCCUUCCUGAAUUAGCAAUAAUGUUUAUGGUUUGUGAAUUUGUUUUUCACAUGUGAUUGUGGUGAAUUCUGCAUCCUUCUGUUUAUCUUAGCAUGUUUUUUUGCAUGAUUUUGACAUGUUUACAACAUUCUUUAAUUGUGCCCACCUCCCUCCAAUAAGGUCAAAUUCAAAUAACCCCUCAUCCUGUAUGCUACGCAAAAAAAAAUUUUUUUUUACAGUAAUAGCCCACAAAAGUUGAGUUUCAACUGCACUGCACCCUCAUUACCAAAGCCCCCCCAUUUUUUGGGACCAAUUAUUUACACUUGUGACAUUCCCUAGUGUUACAAUAAUAGUUUUAUAGCUUUACAAUGCGUUACCUCUUUGGAGUUGGCAACGAUCAUUUGCUUCCCAGUUUGAAUUGGACGUCUGUUGCCGUCAAUGCCACUGAACUGAACCUUUUUAUUGUUGACAUGCAACAAAUUCUAGAGAUUUCGUCACACAUUAUAGUCACAAGUAUUUUGUAAUUUCAAAGUUUUUUUGCUUUUAAUCCACCUCAUAUUUCACCUAUCUGUGAAUCAUGUCACGGUCACAUUGUGAUGAACUGACAAUACCAGAUAGGAAAUCACAGAUGUAUGGUAAUUCGCUUUUUCAACACCUUCUUGUGUAAAUUGUUGCCAAACAACGGAACACCGUAUCAUUACAUAAACUGGAAUGAAAACUUUCAUAAUUAAGGGCAGAAUAAUUAUUGAACUUCACCUUGUAAGUACAACUAUUUUCCUCAGUAUUUGUAAUGAAGAAACAUUGUUACAAAGCUUAUUUCUCAAGAUUGAAUUUGAAAAUGUAUGGUUGAAUUUGUAGAAGUCAAAUUAAAAUUCAUGCUUUAACACAUCUGCUCUUGCUACUGGUCAUUUAACAUUCAUUGCAUUUCCUGUCAGAGCUACAUUUUUUGAUUUUGCACUGUAUUAGUUUUCACUUUUGUAGGGGCAAUCUGAAUUUUGUAUACAAACCUAUUGAAAUUACUCAGUCAUCUUUCAACAGUAAAAACUAGAGAUGUCACGAUCACAAAUUUCUGAGUCAAUCACCCAAUUUUGGGGGAUCUGCUGAUGAGUCCC